AUGGAUGGAGGAGAAGGGGGGGGGGGGGGCUGGUGCUGCAGAUCCCCUCCCCCCACUGCUGCACCCGCAGCAGAUGGAUGGAGGAGAAGGGGGGGGGGGGGGGGGGGGGAGGCGGGGGGGGCUGGUGCUGCAGGUCCCCUCCUGCCACCCCCUGAACCUCCAAGCUCCCCCGUACUCUCCCCCCCACACCCGUCGGCAGCAGGGCGCACGGGGCGCACAGGGCAGCAGGGCGCGCAGGGCAGCAGGGCGCGCGGGGCGCGCAGGACAGCAGGGCGCGCGCGGGCAGCCGGCGACGCAGGCUGCAGGGCGCGCGGGCAGCAGGGCGCAUGCGGGCAGCAGGAGACGCGGGCUGCAAGGAAGCAGGGCGCGCUGGGCACGCAGGGCAGCAGGGCGCGCUGGGCAGCAGGGCGCGCGGGGCGCGCAGGGCAACAGGGCGCGUGGGGGCAGCAGGCGACGCAGGCUGCAGGGCGCGCGGGCAGCAGGGCGCAUGCGGGCAGCAGGAGACGCGGGCUGCAGGCGACGCGGGCUGCAGGGAAGCAGGGUGCGCUGGGCGCGCAGGGCAGCAGGGCGCGCUGGGCAGCAGGGCGCGCGGGGCGCGCAGGGCAACAGGGCGCGCGGGGGCAGCAGGCGACGCAGGCUGCAGGGCGCGCAGGCAGCAGGGCGCAUGCGGGCAGCAGGAGACGCGGGCUGCAGGCGACGCGGGCUGCAGGGAAGCAGGGCGCGCUGGGCACGUAG